AUGGACAGAGGCUAUAUUCCAGUGUCCCAACAACACUUCCAAAGGAGCACCUCAAAAAGUAGCAUGGUGGCUGUGAAUGUUCCUGGCCUUCAUGAGGACUGUCCACUUCAAAGGGUCUCCACCACUCGUCGCCCAAGUGGGAUGGUUAGUACGUGUAAGCCUCGAAAGUCUCAAAAGAAGCUACAGGUGAUUAUCUGUAUUCUUUUUGUGGAGUUAUUCGAGAGGUUCACCUUCUUUGGGAUUGUUUGCAAUAUGAUCCUCUUUUGCACCAUCAAGCUGGGAUAUGACAAUUAUCAAGCAGCCACAGUGAACCUUUGUUUUGUGGGUGCCAGUACACUCACACCUGUUCUUGUCGGCUGGUUUGCAGAGACAUGUUUGGGAAGGACAAAAGUUCUCUAUAUUUGCACUCUACUUCAUUUCUUUGGAACUGCAAUGCUCCCUGUAGUUGCAUUCCCUUUUGAGGAUUUCUACAUUGACACACACAAUACUAUUCACCAUCUUGAGCCACAGGAGCAACAUAUUCUCUUCUACACAGGACUGCUGGCUGCUGCUGUUGGUACUGGUGGAAUACGUGCUGUUCUUUGCCCAUUGACAGCCUAUCACCUUCAAGGUUAUGACCAACACCAGAUACUCUCCUUUUUCAACUGGCUCUAUUGGCUAGUCAAUCUAAACGCUGCAGUUGUGUACUUGGGAAUUGCUUAUAUCCAGCAAUCUGUGGCCAAAAACCUGGGCUUUCUCAUUCCGUUCACUUCUGUUCUGCUGGCUCUCAUCGCAAUACAUAUGGCACGAAACAAUCUCAUCUUUCAUCCCCAAAAAGGUAGUUCCUUGCUCACCACAAUGGGUGUGUUCCUGAACUCCCUAAAAAUGUGCUGCCUCCAUUAUCGUCAUUUGAGUGGAGAUGUGGCCAACUGGCUUGACCGUGCCAAGGAGAACAACGGAGGCCACUACAGUGAAACCAGUGUAGAAAAUGUUAAGAUCCUGGUGAAGCUUUUCCCUCUUUUUGGACUUCAAUUGCUCUACCGUGCUUGCAUUACCCAGAUUCCAUCAGGAUACUAUCUUCAGACUAUGCAUUCAAACCUGAACUUCAAUGGUUUCCUCCUACCCAUAGCAGCACUGAAUGUGAUCAGUAUCUUGCCAUUGCUAAUUUUAGCACCACUACUGGAAUUUGUGAGCACCUGCUACCUGUCUUUAAAGAAAACACCUCCAUCUCCAACCAAAUUCAUAACAGUGGGUCAUGCCUGCGCAGCUCUCUCUGUACUAGUUGCAGGUAUCACUGAGAUCCACAGGAAAGACUAUUCUCAGGUAGAGCAGACACUGUCCGGAACAGUUCUGCAUGUGUCCUCCAUGGCUUGCUUUCAACUUGCACCUCAGUAUAUCUUGCUGGGUGUAGCAGAGGCAUUUGUCACACCAGCGUGCUCCCUCAUUUCUUUCUGUCUGACUCCCAGCAACCUCAGGGGUAUCUCUCUGCACCUCCUUGCCCUGUCUUAUGGAGGAGGAUGCUUUCUGGGUGCUCUUUUGAUUCAGAUCUUUUACAUUGUGUCCGGUGGGAACUUUUAUCCAAAAACACUCAGCAAUGGUAAUAUGGAAAGAUUUUUCUUUACAUUGGCAACAUUGAUGGCUAUAAAUACACUGGUGUUUUGGAAAGUAUCUUGCAGAUACACUAACCUGGGUGUUGAACUAGAUAAAAGAGUGAGGCAAAGUCAUCUCUCUGAAAAGCUCUUACAGUAUAAAACCUGUCUCCAAUUCUAUGACACGGUGGAUUGUUCAGGAACUUCCUUGGAAACUAUCCUAUAA